AGAGUUCAUCAGAAUUACCAGCCUCAAACCCUGCAAGUUAACUGCAUCCCAGGUUGCAGAGUAUAAAGCUGGAGAGAGUGCUAGUGUCCUGAACCUCUCCCAGAAUGGAGUCUCUGCUGAGAUACCUGGACUGGACGUCUGUGGGCUUGGCCCUGCUGGGUGGUCUUUUAUGUCUGGUUCUGCUGGAGAUCUUCAGGUUGAACUCCUCCAGGAGUCGUAACCCCCCUGGACCAAAGCCACUGCCCUUCGUAGGAAACAUGCCACAGAUGAUAAACGACCCAAAGGGUCUAAUCAGAUCGAUGCCGAAAUAUGGUGAGAUUUCCUCAGUGUACCUGGGCAGGGAUAUAGUAUUAGUUUUGAACAACCUCCCAACAAUUAAAGAAGCUUUCAUUCAAAAUGGGAACGUGUAUGCUGGGAGGUCCUCCUUUGCGAUACUGGAAUGGGUCACCAAUGGUUACGGAAUCCUCAUGGCUGAAUAUGGUAAUUCUUGGAGACAGCAGCGCCGGUUUGCUCUGCACACUCUGCGCAACUUUGGCCUGGGGAAGAAAACCCUGGAGGAGCGUGUGGCUGAGGAGGCGCGAUUCCUCAUCAAAGAGCUGCUCAAGCAUGAAGGCAAGCCUUUUUACCCCAUCCACCCCAUUAUGAAUGCAGUCUCCAACAUCAUCUGCUCCAUCGUCUUUGGGGAUCGCUAUGAGUAUGAUGACAAGCGCUUCGCUCAACUGCUGAAACUCAUUAAUGAAAACAUUCAGCUUGCAGGAUCAACUGUGGGACGGAUCUUCAACAUGGUUCCCUUUAUAAAACACUUCCCUGGACCUCACCAGAAGGUCUGGCAGAAUGCAAACUCCUUAAAAAACUUCAUUCAUGAGGCUGUAGAGGAGCACAGGAAGACUCUGGACCCAAAUAACCUUAGAGACUUCAUUGACGCUUACAUUGUUGAGAUGUCCAAGCAACAGUCAAAUGAAGACUCCACGUUUCAUGAAGACAACAUGAUCAUGUCCACUGCUGACCUUUUCCUCGCUGGGACCGACACGACAGCAGCCACUCUUAGAUGGGGUCUCAUUUACAUGAUGGAUCACCCUGAUGUGCAAGAGCGCUGCCAUAAAGAAAUUGUUCAGGUGCUGGGUUUCGACCGCUCUCCAUCAAUGGAAGACCGUGCUAAGCUCCCGUACACUCAUGCCACCAUCCACGAGAUCCAGCGCUGUGCUGACCUUGUUCCAGUUGUGAUGCAUCAGACCACCCAGGCGACGCAGCUCAGAGGAUACCACCUCCCUAAGGGAACAAAGGUGAUGCCCAACAUAACAGCUAUUUUGGCAGACAAAAAGCACUGGAAGCACCCAGAUACAUUCAACCCAGAGAACUUUCUGGAUGAAAAAGGACAGUUAAGCAAAAGUGACCAUUUUCUGCCAUUUUCACUGGGUCCGAGGGUGUGUGCAGGUGAGACUCUGGCAAAGGCUGAGCUCUUCAUCUUCUUCACCUCUCUGAUUCAGAGACUGAAGUUCUCAUGGCCUCCUGGAGAACCUCGCCCAAACAUGAACGGUGUUAUGGGCAUUGUCCGCUCUCCCUUCCCCUAUAAUACAAUCUGCAGCAGCAGGGAGACCACCCACUGAAUUAGACCACCAUGUUCAAUGAACCCUGAACAUUUCAGAUUUAACAAACUGAUCAGUAUCAAGGAAUAUAUUAUUGUAAUUCUGAUCACUUCAUUAGUUAUUAAUCAUGGUAGUUUAAAGUAAUUACUAUAAUACUGUGAUCAUUGAUCUACCAUUCAAAAGCCAUCAUUUGUUGUGUCCUGUAAACAAACUUGUAAACAAAAAAUAAUGUAUUAUGGAAACAAAGCCUUCUUACCUUGUAAAAAUAUUUUUUUAUUUGUCUCUCGAUUACCAUGACAUUUUCCACAUGUACAUUCAGGUGCUACACUGAGGUCCCCGGAAUCUAUCUUUUCUUCAUUAAUUUCCGACAGUUAUAAUCAUAAAAUGAACUGCACCGUAUAUUAUCUCUGUGAGCUUUAAAUAAAGCCCUUUAUUUAUAAAGCCACAUAAAUUACCUCUAAAGUAAUUUAGCAGUUUUUAUAUAAUUUAAUUUAAUUAUUUAAUAAAAUGAGGGUACUAUGUUUUGUGAUUGUUUGUGAAAAUUGGACUGUUUUGCUUUAUUCACUUUUGUAUCACAUUUGUUUUAUUCAGAGAUGUAUUUAUUAUGUUUUACUCAAGCUUUUUUUUAAGACACUGUUUUUCUUAUUGUAUUACAGUGUUUAAAUAAAGGUUAAAUCAAUAAAUA